AUGGGAAAUAAUUAUAAAGAAAAAAUAAAAGAAUUUUUUAAUUAUUUUAAAAGGACAUGUGAAUCAACAGCUACAGAUCUUUGGUGUAUGGUUGUACAUUCUUGUUUUGUUGAAGAUGGAUCUGGAACUGAAUUUCAAAUUCUUACAGAUGAAGGAUGUGCAAUUGAUAGAUAUUUAUUAGAUAAUUUGGAAUAUGGACCAGGUCCAUUACAAGCACAAAAAGAAGCACACGCUUUUAAGUUUGCUGAUCGUGUUGUUGUAAACUUCCAAUGUUCAAUUAGAUUAGACAUUCGGGAUGGGGAAUGCCCGGUAAAUUUAUUUUAAAAUUAAUAAAACAAUUAUUUUUUUAAAUUUUUGAUACCAAAAUGUCAAGAUCUAUCAAAACAAAAACCUCGACUAACAAGAUCAUUAACAAAUGAAUUAUCAGCAGCUACUAACGAAAAUGAAGGUUUUGCACAAAUUGAUGUACGUGCACAAGAAGUUGAUGUUUUAGACCCAGAAAUUGGUUAUGGACUAGAACGUUCCUUCUCUAACAACAAAAAUGGAAAUCAAGAAUUGAGACGGAUAGAUUUAUUAAAUCAAAGAAAGUUUACAUCCCCAACUCGCUGUGUGCCAAUUGAAGAUUUGGCAUUCCCAGCAAGUUUAUGUGCUGGACUUUUAUUAGUAAUGCUUUUGGUUGUUACUUGUAUGUCUAUUGAACGCCGACAACUUAGGCAA